UACGUUGAAAUUGGUAUUUCGGCUGAUUUUGGUAAAUUCACUCAUGUUCUUUCUAAAAAUGAUUCGCCCAAAGGGAUUCACGUUAAGAUCUGUUUUUUUUCAGUGAAAAUUAUAAUUCGUGGUGAUAUUCGGACGGGAAAAUCUACUUUAUUUAAUCGAUUACAAGGAGAAUCUUUUCGUGAAGUGUAUAUUACUACACCUCAAAUUGAAGUUGCUAAUAUACAAUGGAACUAUAAUCAAACAAAUGAUGUUAUUAAA